GAGUGUUGGAGUAGUAGCAAUGGACCGCGCUUACGCCGAGCUUGGUGUUGAUCUCUAAUCACGUCGGCGGCGCGCCGGCGCCGGCGAUGGCGUCGCCGGUGGGCAAGGGAUUGGUCGCGUACAACGCGGCCAUCUCCCGCUGCGCACGGGCGGGGCUGCACCGGCGGGCGCUGGAGCUGUUCGCCGAGAUGCGCGCGCGCGGCCUCCGCGCCGACGAGUACACCCUGCCGCCGGUCCUCAACUCCGCCGCGCUGCUCCGCGUCCCGCCGGCCGGCGCGCUCCACGCGCUCCUCCUCCGCGACGGCCUCGCGCUGCACCUCCACGUCUCCAAUGCCCUCGUUGACGCCUACGCCAAGCUGUCCCGCGUCGGCGCCGCGCUGGCCGUGUUCGACGAAAUGCCGCGCCGGGACGUUGUCACCUGGACCUCCCUCAUGACCGGGCUCGCCCGCGCCGGCUCCCAUGGCUCGGCCGUUCGCGUAUACUGCGACAUGGUCGCCUCCGGUGUUUCCCCCGACGAGUUCGCCGUCGCGGCAGCGCUCAGCUCGUGCGCCGGCUCGACCGCGCUCGAUCUUGGCAGGUCGGUGCACGCCGCGGCGGUCCGGUCAGGGCACGAGCCGUUCCUCUCGGUCGGCAACUCGCUCGUGUCCAUGUACGCCAAGACCGGCUCGCUCCGCGACGCGCGGACGGUGUUCGACGCGAUGCUCACCCGGUGCGCCAUCACAUGGACGGCGCUGAUCGUCGGGUACGCGCAGAACGGCCGGGGCAGGGAGUCCCUCGCCGUCUACGCCGACAUGGUCCGGUCCGGCUGCAGGCCGGACUACGUCACCUUCGUCGGCCUGCUCUUCGCCUGCAGCCACGCCGGCCUGGUCGACGCCGGCAAGGCUCACUUCCAGUCCAUGCAGUCCGAGCACGGCGUCGCUCCCGGACCGGACCACUACGCCUGCAUGGUCGACCUGCUAGGCCGUGCCGGCCGCCUCGACGAGGCCGUCGACCUGCUCGACGGGAGCCCGGCGGCCGAGCUCGACGCCACGGUCUGGAAAGCCCUCCUCGCCGCGUGCAGGACGCACCGGAACGCCGCGCUGGCCGAGCGGGCGGCGGCGAUGGUGUGGAGGCUGGACCCGGCGGACGCCGUGCCGUACGUCAUGCUGUCCAACCUCUACUCGCGGGCGAGGCGGUGGGGCGACGUGGCGAGGGUGCGCGCCCUGAUGAGGUCGCGAGGCAUCAGCAAGGAGCCCGGGUGCAGCUGGGUGUUGGUGGCCGGCGUGACGCACGUGUUCCACGCGGACGACGGGGAUCACCGGCGCGCGGCGGAGAUCCACCGGAAGGUGGAGGAGAUGACGGCGAGGAUCCGGGCGCGGGGGCACGUGCCGGACACCGAGUGGGCGCUGCAGGACGAGGCGCCGGAGGGGAGGGAGGAGGGGCUGGCUCACCACAGCGAGAGGCUCGCCGUCGCGUUCGGCCUCCUCGCCGUGCCGGCCGGCGCGCCGAUCCGCGUGUACAAGAACCUCCGGGUGUGCGGCGACUGCCACGCCGCGAUCAAGACGGUCGCCGAGGUGUACGGCAGGGAGAUCAUACUGAGAGAUUCCAACUGCUUCCAUCACAUGAAGGAUGGGGCCUGUUCUUGUGGAGACUACUGGUAACUGAGCUUGGUAGAAUCGUGUUGUCUUCGACCAUUUUUUGGUUCAUUUAGUGUAGG